GCUGGGGGACAACAUGGCGGCUGUGAUGGAGGAAGUGCGUCUGUUGUGGAUCAGGUCUGAGUUCUACUGUAAAACCUGCAGGAUGGUGGUCCUGCUGCAGGAGAUCUGCAACCUCUUCAUACUGAUGAGCAGGAAGUUCCUGCGUGGGGAGGAGGUGAUGCGUUGCCUGGUGUCAGACCCAGGCCCGGUGCUGGAUGAUGUCAGACUAGUGAUCUGGACCCUGCAGACGCUGAAACAGGCGUACCACCAGAGCAGGACCCAGCUGGAGGAUCAGCAGCACAGCUGCUGGGACUUCCCUUCACACCUGGUCUUCUUUCAGCUGGACAACUUCCUGCUGCAUAUGCACAGCAUCCAGGAGGUGUUCAGUGUGAGCCUGCAGCUGUACCAGUUGGACCAGACGGUGCUGUUGGGGGUGCGAGGCAGGAUGUGGUCUGACAUGGUUCAGGGAGUGUAUCAGGACUUCCUGUGUCAUGUGAUCGUUCUGUCAGACUUCACCCGUGACCCCACCGACCCCGAGGACCAGGUGACAUGCAGAUACAUACACACACUACACAGGAUGAGACAAUACUGCAAUGAAGAGUGCAAA